AUGCCUUCUAUCUUGUUCACAAAGGCCUUUUCUUCAAGAAUCACUCAAUCACCAUCGUUGAUUCUAACUGACGCACUACUGUUCGCGACUGACGAUUCGCUAUAUAGCCUCGUUAGAAGUCUACUUCGAGGCGAAUGUACACGUCGAAUGUACACGUCUCUGCUGGACACACGAGAAUCACCGAGUACGGCGUCCUUAGUAAAAGCACUCCGCUUUCUUAUCCACGUAGCUAUCACGGUACGCGCAGUAACCAGUCGUGGAUACCUGAUCCUGAUGGCUCGAGGACUUGCCGCUCCCGCCGCCGUCACCGAUGCCGCAGAACCUAAUCGGCUGAGCACCACCGACGGCGACGACGACGACGACGACGACGACGAGGACGACCGAGUGUCCCGACGACCAUACCACUGCUCCACAGCAAUCAAUACGCAACAAUGGACCAGGACCAAUAAGCUCGGAGCUUUUCCUGACGUAGACGCACGCUCUCUCGCUCUCAGCCUAUCCCCUACCACCCCACGCGGUCAAACUGGUACGGCCGCAAUACCUGCGGGGGCGCCGCGCGCGGCUGCGCCAAAACGAGCACGACUACUUACAGGCGCAAUGGGGGUUGCUUGCAUGGAACACAAGGAUGCGCGCGAUUAUUUAAUCGAAAGCGUGCUGUCUACGUUUUUAUAAAGAACAACAUUUUUUUUUAA